AUGUAUAAAAUAAUCUAAAAAUUAGGAGAUGGUGUUUUUGGCAGUGUUACUAAAGCCCUUGAUGAAAGAACUCAUGAAUUUGUUGCUAUCAAAUCUUAUAGAGACAACUCCAUCAAAGAUGAAUCCAAAAUUAAAGAAAUCCAAAUCCUUAAAAAACUUAAUCAUCCAAACAUUAUUAAAUUAAGAGAUGUUAUCAAACAAAAUAAAACUAUAGCUAUUGUACUUGAUUAUUCAGAAAGAAACCUAUUAUAAUAUUAUAAAUCUGUCAAAGAAAAAAAUAGAACUCUUUGUGAAUAACAAAUACAAAGCAUUGUGUACUAAAUUGCUAGUGCCUUAAAUUAUCUCCAUAGUCAAGGAUAUUUGCAUAGGUAUAACAAUUCAUUAAUAAUAGGGAUUUAAAACCAGAAAAUAUUAUGAUUUAAGAUAAUGGUAUUGUUAAAUUAAUAGAUUUUGGAUAAGUUACAUAUUAAAAUGAAUAACAUACUGACUAUGUUUCCACUCGAUGGUAUCGGGUAUGUUAUAAUUAUCAUUGAUUUAGUCUCCAGAAUAAAUUAAGUAAGAAUAAUACAAUCAAGAAGUAGAUAUAUGGGCAUUAGGUUGUAUACUUGCAGAAUUAUAUCUCUUAAAUCCCUUAAUACCUGGAACUACAGAAAUUGAUUAACUUUAUCAGAUAUAAAAUCUAAAUUUGAAUUAACAUUAAAAACUUAUUCCUCCACAACCUUUGAAUUUAAUUAAAAGUAUGCUUGAAGAAGAUCCACAUUAGAGAAUAACUGCUGUUGAAAUUCUAUAAUCAAAUUGGUUAUCGUAACCAUUCAAAUUUCUACCUAAAGAAUUGGAAUUAAAAGAUGAUACUAAAUAUCUAAUAAGUCCUUAGUAGACUCCUGCAAAAGCUUCAAAAGGAUUUGGGAAACAAGAAAAUAAUCAAAAUCUUAUAAAUCAUCAUACUAAACCAAAUUUUAACUUUACUUCUUAAAAUGUGGUUUAAAAUAAUAUUGAAGACGAUUUAGAUUGUGGUUAUGUACCUUCAUAUGUCUCAUCAUUAUAAGGUACGAAUAAAAAGAGAUAAAUAAGAUUAUAAGCAGAUGAAUAAUAAAAUACAUAGAGAUAAUUGUAUGAUAUUCAAUAAUAAUAUUAAAUUUAAAGUUCAAAUAAUUAAUCAUAAUAAAAUACUAAAAACUAUUAUUCAAAACCGUAUAUAUAUUUAGUUUAUUAUUAUUUUAGAUUAUUAAACUCCUAGAAAAAAUUAGGAAAUUAACCAGAGAUUUAUUGA